CUGUCUACCCUGCACACUACUCAUCAUGCCGCCCCACGCCCGCAUCCCCCAGCUCGACCUCGCCUCCAUUCUCUCCGCUCAGAACCCGACAAUUGAUCUCCGAGUUCAAUCGUACGAAACGUCCUCGCGUGGCUUCCUCAAAGCUGUUGCCAACUACAAGUCCCGGACAAUCGCCACCAUCUCUGAACGGCGGGAAAAGGACGCGGCUGAAAAGAAAAAGACAGUGGAGAGAAUAGCCAGUGUGGAGGCGGAGACGAACCAAUGCAAAAUUCAAGAAAUCCAACUCGUGGCUGACCUCCAACGGGAGCAGGAGGAAAGGAAGGAGGCCAGCUCCGCUGUUGCGGCGUUCAAGCGACAACUAGCUACCUUGCGCGAACGAUGCGCAGCAAUCGACGCUCAGAUUGAGAACUACCGUGUGAUUACGGCGAAUCUCGAACGAGAAAAGAAGAAGGAGCGCGAGCAGCUCAGUUCUACGGCCUCACAGGUCGUAUCACAAGUUCAAGAGAUCGAGGACCGCCUCGCGUGCGUCGUUGAAGGUUUACAAGCGGACCAGAUCUUGGUCCGCAUGUCGAGGAUUGAUCCCUCUGAACCUGAUAGGGAGUUCACCUUUGUGCUAGAUGUUUCCGGGGACACGUAUCGAGUCAUAACCUCGACACCUCCACUUGCAACACUACCUGUGCUGGUCGAACAUAUGCGGGACUCCAAAGAUGUUACCUGUUUCAUUAAGGAUGUUCGACAGGCAUACGCAGAUAUGAUCUCACAGGCCUAUUGAACUUGGACUGGUACAUUUAGCUGUUGCCGUACCUGUACAUACAUCGCUUACGCUUUUCCUCAACUGCUAUCAACCUCUAAGUACAGUAAUUAUCGUUCAGUCUCCUCUGGGUCCUUUGAUCGACCUUGAUCUUCAAUCUCAGUUUGAUGGUGCAGCACAGCCCGCAUACAACUGACGGCUUCGACUGUCCCACCAAGCAUGGUUCUCAAAAUCCUACACCAUGCCUACAACACCGUCUCACCCCAUCUUUCCACCGCUUCCUUCAAGUCCACCUCUACCUACGUCUCUCUCGCUGCGGCGCUGACUGCUCUCCUGACCAUCCACCGUCUUGCCCAAGGCACAAGUACAACGCGCGACCGCGACCUGCACAACCGGACUUUCCUCCUCACGGGCGCAUUCACCCCUCUCGGCCUGACCGUGCUCGAAGAGCUCGCGCGGCGGGGCGCGUCGGUCGUGGCGCUCUGUGAUGGGGAUCCCGACAGCGACUUGGAGCCGUUCAAGGAGCUGGUCGCGGCGAUGCGGGAGGUCACCAAGAACGAGAGCAUCUACGCGGAGCGGUGCGACUUGCGACGACCUGAGGAAGUGCAUGCUCUGGGGAAGAAGUUCGCGGAAGCCGAGUUGGCUUUCGGCCAGGAGCAGGCGAGCCAGCCUAGUGGGGGACCCAAGCCCGGCAGUGCGAAUGAGAAGCGGCUGGAUGGAGUGGUUUUCGUGCACGAGUAUGGCACUUCGUCGGCGACGACCGUACAGAAUAGGAUGAAGGAUGCGGAUGAGCGCGCGCUGGGGACAUUUCUAUUGGCGACGGUAUUGCUCCCGCUGCUUCUCUCUGCGCCGACCGAACGGGACAUCCGAAUCGUCAACGUCGUCAACCGGUGGUAUUCUGCCGCCAUUCCCGCUCUCGCUCGCGGAGAGCCUCUGUGGGCCUUCCAGUCCGUGUCGUCACCGGCUGCCGCCGCGCCAACGGGCAUUAUCCCGAUCGAAGCUGCUCGCUCGCUACGAAGCAUGAUUCUAGUACGACAUCUGCAGCGUAUCUUCGACGCUCUACCAGCUCCGCCGCUUCCCGCUCCUCAGUCAACCGGCGUUGGCGCCGCGACGGUCGUUCCCAACGUCGGAAAAGACGCGAAACAGCGGAGCAAUAUCGUUGCCAUGAGCGUAUCGCCUGGAGUAAGCCGCGGGGAGAGCGUCGCGCCCUGGAUAGGGACCUUGUUAUUCAUCUUCUUCUACCCGUUCGUUUUCCUUCUGACCAAGAGCGCGACUGCCGCAGCACAAAGCGUCUUGCAUGUCCUUUUCCUACCAACACCGUUCAAGAUCUUAUCCUCGAUGAACGAAACGGCAUCAGCAACUGUCGAGAAAACAGAGGUCUUGAAACCGGGAUCGCUGUACGCCGAAUGCGCCGUAGUCGACUUGCGGAUCCCCCCACUUCCCGAGUCGCUAUUUGCGGCGGCAGAUAAGAAGACAGAGAAAUCCAAGGGCGAUGACUCUAAGAAGGAGCUCGAGAUCGAGGACGAUCGGGAAAUGGGCGGCGAAAAGCUGGGCCGAUUGGUUUGGGAAUCCUACGAAAGCGCACUGAGUCGGUGGGAAGAAGAAGAAAAGCAGAGAAAGGAAUCGGAGGAAGCAGCCGACUCUGCAAAGGACGCUGGCAGUACUUGAGUAAGACGGACAAUGCAAGUAGCUACCAUCAUCGUCAAAGAU